GAGAGAGAGAGACAACCAAGAGAGAGAGAGAGAGUAAAUCUUGUAGGUUUCUCUCUCUAGAUUUUUUGUAGAGAGAGAGAGAGAGGCAAUGGAGAUGUUGAGACUGUACUUUUUGGUGACAGUAUUUGCUCUUCUUUCAGCUUUCAUUAUUCCUUCUAUCAAUGCUCAAGCACCAGCACCAGCUCCUUCAAGCGAUGGGGUAACAAUUGAUCAAGGAGUAGCAUAUGUGCUGAUGCUGCUUGCUUUGGCUCUGACCUACAUAAUUCAUUGAUCCCACAUUGCACAAUUUGCCAUUUCAGUCAAGCUUAUAAUUUUUUUUUCCAAGUUGGGUUGAUUUCUGCAAUAUUUUGCCAAUUUAAUUUUAUUCUCAUUA